AUGCUUCCUGAAUCUGUCAACAACCUCUAUAAGAAUCUUGAGUCUGUAAUUCUUCAGUUCAAGUCUCCAGCAUUUGGAAGUUAUUUUCUCAAGAAAGCCAAGGAUGAAUACAAUGACAUCUAUACCAGGUCCUGCGGAAAGAAGGAUGAAAGGGCAAUUGAGAGGUAUCUUAAAGAUCAGGAAGAAUUACUGGACAUCCUUAGGAGGCAAACAACUAUCUACAACAUGUUUUACGAUGAUUCAAGUGGAAUAUAG